AUCCCGAUCCCGAUGCAUGAAACGUCAGUGUCUGGGUCAAGGCCAUGUCGUUAUUUUGUAAUUUGUUAUUAAUUUGAUUUUAAUUCGUUAGAGUACCUGCAUUUCUUACAUUUAACUGAAAAAGAAAUACGUUUGGUUCUUAAAAUAUUAUGUACCAGUAUUACCUACAAUCAUCAUGGACUUCAUUGAACCAACUCCAGAGGCAUUGCAAAGAAAAUUAUACUUUUUGUUAGAACAGCUUCAAGAUAUGGCUCGUGAGUUGCCACCGAAGUAUCAAAUGAGAGUGCCUAUAGAACUUCUUUCUGGCCUGGCGAACUGUCUUUUGAAUGAAACUGUAUUUGAAAUAGUAAAAGGGCUAAUGGAAAUUCAACAUGUAACAGAAAAGCAUUUGUUUCAACAAAUACAACAGGUGCAACACAAGCAUACCAUGGAAAUAAGCAACAUGAUAAAUACCACACCAAGCCCUGAAGAACAGGAACUACAGAAAACCUUGCUACUGGCGAGACACAAAGAGGAACUCAAACACACAGAUAUGAAACUAGUUAUGCAGUUAGAUCAAAAAGUAAGUGACCAACAAGUGACAUUAGAAAAAGCUGGAGUACCAGGAUUCUUUGUGACAAAUAAACCGAUAGAAGUUAAAGUUCAAAUGUACCUUUUAGAUUUUAUACUUAGAUUAAGUAAAAUGGAUAUACCACAUUAGGGUCGUUUUCAAUAAACUAUGCAAAACAUAC